GGAUGGCGCUGGUGGGAGAGGAGAGGGAUAGCAGAGGGACAUCUGCUGUACAAACUGUAAUGCAGAAUUUUAGCCCCAGAGCUGAGGCCUGGAGGGCGGCUGCUGCUUUGCCUUCUCCUCCUUGCAGGGCAAGAGGUGAGGGCAGCCCCAUGGGGGUCAUAGAGCCCAAGGCAAGCCCUCCGGUAGAUGGCACGCACGGUCCUGGCAAAGCAUCACUCCAGCGAUGGGGAGAAAUAUGACACUGCCAGACACUCCCUUGGAAUAGCCAGGGGCCGAGCAGGAACCAGGAAAUACAAGCUCUCCCUGUCCAGAAAACACUCUUGCUUCAUGGAGGAAGGAGCGACAUGGGCAAUCUCUGCAGCUGCGGGCGAGCAGGGAAUUGUCCUUCGCCUUUUAAAAGGAAGAAAGAAAAGCAAGGAACUAAUGUGAGUCAUGAAACCCAAGAACAUCAGCCGGGCAGGAAGGCUCCAACGUAUGAAGAUGUCUCAGAGUUUCCUGUUUACGCCACCGUGAGUAAACCCAAGAGCACGAAGCAGGAUGACAGCAUUCACUACGCAGAUAUCCAGGUGUUCACCAAGGUCCGUGAGCGUUCUGCAUUAGAGGUGAAGAACUUACAGAUGCAGAAUGCCACAGAGUAUGCCACCCUCAAUUUCCCCCGGCCCAGGCUGAAAUACGACAGUAAGAAUGGGACCCUGGUAUAAAAGCCUCGACAGCCUCCUUCAUCAGCAAGAGGAUUUCAUGAACUUAGAGAUGCUGUAGAUGCAGUCUAACCUCAGGGACACAUCAAGUCUCCCUGAGAAGGUGCAGAGAGGCUGUGUCUUCCACCUGCAUUUAUCUUCGGAGGACACAGACAUACAUAUUCUCACAUGAUAAGUAGUUUCUUAUCCAAUUCUGCUGACAAAAACCCUAUCUCUUCCCCUUGGAAGAGUUGUCUCUGAAGCUGAUGACCCAUCUCCUCUCAGCACUGUGAGAAGACAGAGCUGCUCCUUGGCUGGUGAAGGGUAAAAUCACAGCUCAGAGCUGCAGCAAGAAGGUCCUGCUGUGGCACAGGACCAGCUGAGUGCUGCUCUGCAGAUGAAUUUGAGAACAUGGCAUACAGGAUUCAAUACUGGGACAAGGGAGAUGUUGCCACAGUGUUUUAUGUCAAUGUUAAGAAAAUUCUGCAAUGUGCAGAAUGACAUGGAUGAUACUGCGAAGAAAGGGCAUGAAGCCUUUAGCAGUAUCUCCUGCCAUGUCUUCCUCCACCACCACCACUGGAACUGCAGUCGUGCACUGUGUGCCUCCCCUCUUCUCAAAAAGCAGGGUUCUAUGACCAUGCACAGCACACUCAUACCAGAAAUGCAGAGGUAACUGAGGGGGACAGCGCGAUUUCUUUCCCAGAAGGGCUGUACAGAUACGCAUCCUUGCCUCAACAUGCACAGAAGUGAGUAGUGACUGGAAAUGAAAGAAGGAAAACGCGCGAUUUAACUGCGAGGCAGCUGUUUAAAAGCCACUGCCUAUAUUUAGGGUAGAGUACAGCAGCUGUCGGCAUGCCUGUGAUACUGGGAAUGAAUCCUGGUCAACUUUAGAGAGAGCUUUGGAAUUUUCCUCUAUUUUUCCUUCUCUUAUACCACCAACCUUAGUUAUAAAACCCAAGAUCACAGAGCACACCAUGCGGUGUUUUCUGCUAAGCUUCCCAGAUACACCUUGGAGAAUUUAUGGAUUUAAAACAGCGCUAAAAUAGCAGUGUAGCAAUCGUCCAACAGGCUUCUGCCGCUGGACUGACUUUGGCAGUUGCAGCACUGGCAGUGGAACAGGGCUCCCAAGCAGUAUCUGCAGGCACUAAAUCAGUGCUUGGCACAUUCUGUUCCUAAAUAAUGGUCUGCAGAUCAUGGGACAACCUGUUUAUUGCCAGGGUUUAAAAAUGGACGUCCUGGUACAUUCUAUAAACAAAAAGCAUUUUGCAUGUUACGGUUCAGCUAAAAGUGAAAAGCAUGAAGGAGCUCCUGCUCAUCACAAACAAUAAAGCUGGUACGGGCAGUAUUAGCUAAGAUGGGAGGACCAAUCCUACAUUUUUCCUACCUUUUCGCCUGUGCUAUCCACUAGCCCUCAGCAGGGCUAUUGAAAGGCCAGAGUAAUAUUUGAAGGCCCCUUUUUUAUCACGGAAACAGUGCGUUUUUCUACCUGAAAAGGGUUUUUUUUGCCUAUGCUAUCCAGCUGACCUCAGUGGGGCUGUUGUAAGUGAGGCUGUUGUAAGUCUGUAGUAGAAGGCACUUCAUUCAUAAUGGGUACGGGAUUAUGUUAUUGGAAGGGCUGGUUCUUUUGAGUGCCAAGGAUUCCUCUUUCUGCUCCUCCAAGUUCCUUUCUGUGCUCCAUGCUCAGCAUGAAAACCCGUCCUUGGGACUGAGGAGGAUUGAAUGGGCACAAGAUUUACUUACAGGAGUGCGUCUGGGAGGAACGGAGCACUCUGGCACUCGGUUCUGCUAGCCCAGCUGUCCAAGGGGCAGCCAGGGACACAGCCCCGGCUCUGGUUCAUACUGGGCAGCAGUUUGUACCUCCUUGCACUGAAUCACUGGUACGAGAACUGGAAAGGGACAGUGGCUUCAGUUCUAAUCAAGCCCUCCGCAUCAUAGGGAGAAAUUGUAUUUUUUAGAAACAUUAUUAAAUAUAGUUGAGGACAAGGGAGGUUUUCUAAAGGGUGAAGGCUCCAACAGCUCAUUUUUGAUAAGGAUGGAAGAGAAACAGCUGGUGAUUGCAGGUGUGGUGUCCUCACCCAGCAGGACAGCUGGGGCCAGCACAGUGCUGCGUGGACACCAGGGUCAAGCCCUGUGCCCAAAGCACUGUACAUUUGCACAUCCACCCAGUUAAACCAGUUUUGCUCUAUAAACAGGACUGGGUUUGGCUUGGAGGAGCUGGAUUUCACUUGGUCGCAUCACCGAGUCGUGUCAGUCUGUAGACUGGCUCCUCUGUAUCCUGGAUGCAUGGGAGCUGCAGGAGAAACUUUUCCUGAGUGCCUCAAAGCCUGGAAUGCUCAUUCAUCUCCUAUUCCCUAAGGCUCUUCAGCCUCCAUACGCAGCUAGCACUUCGUGUUGUUUAUGGAACUACAGUGGAUCUUAUGGAUAAUCAAAUCCUUUGCACAGGAACAGAGUACAGUGAUUUUUGUCUGUUUACCGGGCAUUGAAUGGAUAAAAUGCAAAAGCCGCCUGUUCCACAAUGAAGAUUUUUCUAAAGGUCUUGGUUUUGCACUGAGUUAAACGCUUCCAGCAGCGCCUUUCCUGUGUUUCCUGAGGCCGUCGCUGUUCGGUGUUAAACAAGUAUUAACACAGUGAAUGCUCCUUGAUGAUUACAGUAUAAUUUUUAGUUUUCACUAAUAAAUUUGCACUUUUUUUG